GCAGGUUGUAUGCGCCCUGCGUAUCGGAGCAGCAGAGAUACGGACAGGAAGCAUCCUGAUUCUCUACCAGCGGAGCUAAGGCGAAGUCUCUCCUUGGCCAAACCAGCAGGAGCUGCAUCAAGCUUGUCUCACGUGCAAGACCCUCUUGGCAAGUCUUGCUGUGAUGGCCAGCCACCUCCAUCACCCACCCAUGCAGGGGAAAGAAUCACCCCUUUAAAGCGGACAGCAGGGUAGCACAGAGAUGAUUGACCUGUAGCUUCAUUGGAAGAGUCAGGCAAGAGUUAGAGCAGUUGUUGAAAAUCCACUCUGCCUCUGCAUGCAAGGAGCCGGAGAGAUCCAGCGAGUGACAUUUCUGGGCUGCUCUACUCCACUGGACCGCCAUCUGCACAAAUGAAGAUGGACUGCGACCGUGGCAAGUCGUCCAAACCCCAGGGUGUCAAAGUGAGCAAAUCAAUUUCCACCAUUUGCUCUUCCUCAAGUAAUGCCAACUGCCAUGAAAGCCACCCCAUCCAAGGCCCUGCGAGGCGAGCACAGGGUAGGACCCACAGUGAAAAACUGGCCCCAUCCCCAGUUAUCAUGUCAGCUGCUGCUAGAGAGAGUCAAAUGUCAGACUUCUAUAAUGGCAAUGUGGUCAUGGGGUGCCCCUCUGAUGCCUCACAGAAGCUCCAUCAAAGGACUACCAAGGAGAGCCGGUGGAAUGGGGAGACCACUCCGAAGGAAAUCAUAGCAACAAAGAGCAUAGCCAAUGCCCCCAAGGAUUCCCCCAUCAAGCGUACUUUCCUGUUUGGGGCAAAAAGAAUUGACAAUGGCAGCAAGGUGACCCUGAAGAAAUCUACCAUCCAUAAGCCGCCUGAGAAGGGUUGUUCUCCACUAGCUGUUUCCAGAGAAGGGAUGGAUGGCUUGAGAGGAGAGAGGCAGGCAUGGUCCAGCGUGACCCAGAGAAAGAAAAGGCGAGACCUUUUCCCAGACUCAAAGGUUUUCAGCCACAUAGACGCUCAUGUUCUGUGUGUGAGCGAGCAGAUAAAAUCAAAGCCAGCUUUGCUGUCAGUCCAGACCAUUGUUCAGUUGAUUACUGACAAGGCCCGAAGCAAGCUGGAGACCGUGCGAGCAAUAUGGAUGUGGCUGUGUCACAAUAUCCGAUAUGAUGUGGAUGGCUUCUUAGGGUUAUCUCAGAAGAUCCAUACCCCAGAACAGGUCCUGCAGACUGGAAGAGGCGUGUGCUCCGGUUAUGCCCAUUUAUGCCAAGAAAUGUGCAGGGAGGCAGGUUUGAGCUGCAUUCAAGUGUCGGGCUAUGGGAGAGGUACUGGAUACCAACAAGGGCAAAACUGCCAACAAAAGAAAUCCAACCACAUGUGGAACGCAGUUCAGCUGGAAGGGCAGUGGUACCUGCUGGAUGCAUGCUGGGGUGCAGGCACUGUGGAUGCGGAGAAGAGAUUGUUUAUACCCAGGUAUGACGACUUCUUCUUUCUACCCGACCCUGAGGAUUUCAUUGAGACCCACUGGCCUGAUGAGCCAGAAUGGCAGCUUGUGCAGCCGCGUGUCUCGCUGGAAGACUUCGAACAGAGAGUUUUUAAAACGUCGGAGUUUUUCAAACUGCAGCUCUCCCUUCUCUCACCAAACCGCUCCCUUCUCAAAACAGAACACGGGAAAGCAACAGUGUCUCUGAGGAGCACACAUCCAGCAGAAUUUAGCUACCAUCUCUCCAAGCUCUGUGGCAACGUUAGCGAAGAAGUGUUAGGCAUGACUCACGGGAUGCUGACGGUGUCGGAGAAGAGCAUGACUCUCAAAGUUUUCCCCCCUACAGAGGGCUUGUUUGAGCUGAUGGUCUUUGCGCGCCCGUCGGAUGCUCAGAACCCCUAUAGCUGGGUGUGUUCCUAUCAGAUCAAGUGCCUAGAGUCACAUAAGAAAGAACUGCCUGAAAACCCCUUUCAUUUCUGGGGCCUCCAUCCAAAGGGGAAAGACUUUGGGAUUGAGGAAUGCAACUGCGGAGAGGACCUGAUUGUUGUUGCAACAGGAACUUUGCUGUUGACACUACAGACAUCUAGACCCUUGCUGGCCACGUACCAGCUGGUGAAUAAAGAUCUAGACACCUCCCUGAGCACAAAGUGCCUGGCCUCUCAAGCAGAGGAGGAGAAGCUGAGUUGUCACGUGCUGUGUCCUUUUCUGGGUUACUAUAGGCUCUCGGUGUUUGUGAAAGAUUUAGAAGGUGACCUCUUCAAAAACGCAGCCAACUUCCUCAUUUGUUGCUCUGGUCCCAUCAACCAGAACGAGCUCUUCCCCUCUGGCCUCAGCAUGCACUGUGGGACAGGGAUCAGCACCGGCUGUAGGGGCUUUUCUAACCCCAGCCACCCUGCCGCCAUCAUCAACACCAACCAGGGUAAGUGCAACAUCACGUUCCACACCCGGGCGGACACCGAAGUGACCGCCAUCCUGAGUAAGGACAAAGUCACCAACACCAAGUACCCCAUGGAGAGAUACAUCCUGCUCACCCAUCUGGGAAACAAGGUCAGCAUCUGUAUCCUGCUUCCUGAAUCGGGCCUCUACAAAGUGGGGCUCUUCAGCAGAAACCAGGACCACAAGGACUUUGCUCACGUCUGCGACUACGUCGUCCGCUGCUUUUCCGAGCCACGGUGGCUUCCGUUCCCCCGAGUGUACAGCACGUGGAGGAGAGGCUGCAUCUUGCUACAGCCCAGGACGGGAGUGCUCCAGGAACGAAGCUGGAUCAGGUUCAGAGUCAAGCUGCCAAAAGCCUACAGAGCUCUCGUGGUCGGGCAAUCCAGGACUGAACUGCAGCCAACUCGCAGCAAGAUCUGGGAGGGGGAGGUGUACACCGGGCUCGCUGGGACCGUGCUCAAGCUGGCGGUGAAGUUCAGUCAGCACUCCACCAGCAUGGAUGUCAUCCUGUUGUUCGAUGUGGAAGGCAGCUCCCCCAGUUCAGAGGGGGCUUCAGGGUAAAUGAUCCAGAGAUACGGGGAAGCUGGAAAUGAUCAGGAGAGUGAUGGAAGCAAGUGAGAAGCUCUCAAAAUUGAGGGGCUCUGAUAAGACACAGAAAUAAGUCCAAAGUACCUGCACGUCAGGUGGCGUUGCAGAAUUGUACAUUGCACAUCACUUCCCGCAAGAUAUGCUUAGAUGCUUAGAGAUGAUGCAGCAAUUUAAUUAGAACCAGAACACUGAAGACUCCUAAUAGUCUACAUGUAUCGGGGGAAACCGUUGUUCGACGCCUCUCCAGGAAGAUUGUUUUACUGCUUAUUACCAGAUUGAAUAAUGGUUCGGCAUGUUUUAUUUGACAUUUCUUCAAGGUCUUGGGAAUUAACAAGGUUUUCUUCCUCUUAAGAGCAAAACAAAAACAAACAAACAAAACACCUGGCGCCAAAAGCAUCAGGUGGUAGCAAUAUUUUUAAAUACAAAUAUGUAUAAAGGACGUUAAGCAUUUCCUGAUGGAGUCCAUACUAUCAAGGGAGAAUGUGUGUCAUUUUUAACUGCUGCUUUAAAAUUUCUUCCAGGAGCUGAAGAAUGGAGUCUACCAGUCCUUCACUAGCCAGCAUGAUGUGUAAGUGUCGUGUACAUGUGUGUGCUGAGGAUUUGGAAUGAGAGCUGGGAGCGGGUACAGCAGUCAGGAAAGCAGUUCCUUGGCCUAGAUACAUCAUAUAAAUAAUAAAUAAUAAUCAUAUAACAGACACCCUUGUAGCAGAGCUAAGAACACUGCACUGGCAGCUUGCUACAUAUAACAGAAUGGAUUCUACUAGUCUCAUAUUCUUCCAGAACACGUGUAUCAUUUAUAAACACAGAGUAACUACAUCACCAACCACCAACAUGCAGCCACCUCUGGGGUGGUGCUAGACAAUUUAACGUUGCACAACAAUAUUAUGUGACAGUUUUGGAUAGGAAGAGCUGGCAACUAUAUCCAGCUGCACCUCCAGAAGGGCUCUUUAAAGCAGAGUUUAGCUCGGCAUUUCCACCUUGUUUGAACAUAGGAACUGACCCUCUUUUAGAAGCUGCUGUCAUUGCUGGGGGACUAGAGAGGGCAAGAGCGAUGCAGUGGGUCUCUGCACAACAUCCAGUGAAACCGUCUCCGCACCCACUCUGCACUGAUGUUUUAAAUGGAAAUUCUGGCUGCAAUACCUUUGCAUGAGUUCUGGGGAUUAUUUCGGGCUGGUUUUAAAGAAACAGACAGGGGGCACUACCCACUGUUAUUCAGAGGCAGAAUGUUCUGUUUGAUUUACUGAAGAAGUUGGAUAAAAAUGGCUUUUACUUAAUUUCAGCCGGCUUUUCCAGGGCAUGGAAAAUAAUCAAACAUCUGAGCUGGUACAUCGGUGAAAGCCAAGGGCCCCAUUUUACAGGAGCCGAAGAACUAAAUGGGAAAGCACAAAAGUCCUGGAAUAAUAGGGAGAAAAUCCUGCCAAGGAACAUGAUACAAGGAUAAUUAUGAACCGAGAUGGAUCUGCCUGGGCAGCGUCCACAUUGCCAACCGGCUAGAGGCAUAGAGCACCUGGCAAGGAAGGAGAUGUGGCCAGGGCCACUGAGAGCAGGUUCGGGCCCCGGUGAAAAAAAUUUUUCGGGACCCCCAGCAAGGACGGAGGGGCUAAACAGAGCCAACGAGAGGGGGGGAAGCUGGGCCCCGGGCCCCCUUCCAGACCGCCAGGCCCCGGUAAUUUGUACCGGCUCCCCCCCCCCCCGCCCCCUCGUCAGCCCUGGGUGUGGCUGUGAUGACAAGUAUCUGUCAAUAAAGUAGGUCUCCUAAGAUGCACAUGGGCAUUCGUUACACAUUUAGGUUUCUUUUUCAAAAAGAUGAGGAUCAAGGACAGACGCUGCUCACACUUACGCACAAUCCCACAGUGGGCUUGUAAGGACAGACCGAGAACAGAAUUGGGUCCAGGGUGCUAAAGAUAUAGUUCAAGGAAAGUAGCAAACCACGUACCCCAAAAGGGAGAACAGUCAGAGUACCACAGAUACAGGACAGCCUAUAAAUAAUUGGGUAGGGGAGGGAAUCGCCACUGGAGAUGGGAAUGUUUGAGACCCUGAUGGUUUCUCAACAGGUGCAUCCUAUCAAGAGGAUUUUCCUUUGGUUUUGAAACAAUGGGCUGAAUUCUCAGCUGGCAUAAAUGCAUUGAAGUCCAAACCGGGCAGUACCGCCUAAUGGCAAUACUCUGGGCUGUGUCACACGGCAGCGAGAGUCAAUGACUGGGAGUAGGGGAACCUGGGCCCUUCCUGCUCCACAGGGUUCCAAGCCAGGGCCCAGUAAAUAGUAGUUCAAAAUAUGAUUCCAAAAUAUGGCCACCCCAACGCCUGAUCCCGGCCGCAUGGGGCCUCAGUGACUUCUUGGCAGGAGCCUGCACUACACAACUACUCUCCUGCUCCGUCCACCUAGACUGAGCUGAACUGCUCCCUUUUGAGCUCAGCCUCCACUGUGAGUAUGCCCUGCAGGGGCAGCUGGGCAGGGCUUUCUGGGCCCACAGCUGCUCCUUAACCCUUCGCAGUACACCUUGAUUAAACUGAACAGGAUGAUGCCACUUUAUACCAGCUGUCGAUCAGGCCUAAUAUUUCCACUCUUCCCCCAAAAAAAUCAAUUGAAGAAGAGGGAAAUGAGCUGCCCAAGCAGGCCAGACAAGGUGAUCAUAACGGUGCCUUCUGGCCUUAAAAACCUGAGUCGCCAAGGACAUUUGAUGUGUGUCGUGUUCAUACUCUCCUCUGUAUAAAGGAGAUCUGUCUCCUUUGUGCACCAAACCUGCAUGGUAUUACCCUUCACAUGUAAGGCUUUCCAUUCUGCUCAGAUCCCUUUUUGUGGGAGUCACUUGGCUGAAAUGUCACCAUUUAUUCUACCUGUCUCUCUCACAAAGAUUAUUUAAAAGCGCUAAAGCGCUUAAAAUUGGAUGGUUAGAGAGGAGUACAGAACUGGACCAAAAGAGCAACAGAAAAAAGGGGUAUCUAGUCAGAAAAAGAAAUUAUCUCACAGGCUCAAAUCCUGCAAGCAGAUCUACACAGGCAGAGACGGCUCAGGAGGCAACAUAGCCUACAGCUCAGGGUGCCGCCCUGUGAGUCAAGUAGGCUGGAUUCUAGUUCCAGCUCUCCCAUUUAACUGGUGUGUGACCUGAGGCAAGUCCCUUCACCUCCCUGUGCUUCUGUUUUCCCUCCCCCUUUUGUCUAGUCAAUUUUGUAGACUUUAAGGCCAGAAGGGACCAUUAGAUCAUUUAACCUGACCUCCUGUAGAGCACAGGCCGUUCCAUUUCACCCAGGCAGCCCAGCGUUGAGCUCAGCAACUGGUAGGUUUGACUAAAGCACGUCUUGGGGUUGGGCUAAAGUGCAUCUUCCAGAAAGGCAUCCAGUCGCCAUAGAUCUUCCUGUGGUAAUCUGUUUCAGUGGCGAUUCACCCACACUGUUAAAAAGGUGUGCCUAAUUUCUAGUUGGAAUUUGUCUGGCUUCAACUUCCAGCCAUUAGUUCUUGUGCUGCCUCUCUCUGCUUGACCAGAGAGCUCUUUCGUCCCUGGUAUUUUCUCCCUGUGAAGGUACUUUGACACUGUAAUCAAGCCAUUUCUCAAGCUUCUUUUUGAUAAA